AUGAUGACACCUCCCCUCGGAGCCUACCCGCAGCCGCAGCCCCCGCAGGGGCCGUUCCUUCCCGCGCCGCCGCAUCAGGCAGCUCCGCAGUAUGGAGUGGCGGGUGGAUCGCCGUACGGCGUGACCUUCGGCGGCGCUGGAGCGGGCGCGGGCGGCAUGUACGCUCCGCCACCCUACGAACAGCUGCAGCACCACCAGGGCAUCCCGGGGUUGGGGCAGCAACUGCCCGUUUACUCGGGCGCAGCGGCCAUGUACGCGGCCGCCGCCGCCGGUUACCCGGGCUACAUCGGCUACCCCGUACAGUACUACCCCUACUAUCCCAUGCAGCCCUCAAUCCAGCCGCUUAGACCGACCAUCAUGAUCCCGAACGGGUUCGAGGCUGGAGGUCGCUUCGAAGGCUUGGCGCAGACGCUGCUGCCCCCCGCGCCCCCUGCCGUGCCCCCCUCGCCCGCGCACCUCGCCGCCAUUCAGCCCCAUCAAGUGCUGUGA